AUGUCAACAUCUAUGAUUUACAUGCAAAAGCAAUUAGCUAAAACACAUGGUGCCAAUUUAUUUGCAAUCGAUACUUCUAUUGAAAUAAGUCAGGAAGAGUAUUUAGAACUAUACAUGCACAUUGUUUAUGAUCCCGAUUUCUUCUCUAAAACUAAUGAAUAUGUUUUGUUGGAUAUUGGUUCUGGUGUUUUGAAGGAGCUUUUUUCACAUAUUAAUGCUGGUUUCAGUUAUAUGGUGGCAUCAUUUAGCGCAAAAGUUAAUGUAAGUAUUUUCGUUGGACUUGAUGGUACACCUAUUCGACAUUCCUAUCCUUAUCUUGUAGCUAUACUUCCAAACCACGUUGAAAUCAGGAAUAUAGUUACUCAAUCAUUACUUGAAUAUCAAGAGGUAAUAAGUUUGGCUGAACAAAUCGAUCCCCUUCAUCUUGAAAAUAAGGACGCAAAACUUUAUCAAAUACGUAAUCUUUAUGCACGUCAUCUUUUUCGACUCAAGAGUUUUGAUGCUGAAAUGACUAUUUUUCAAGAGUUGGAAACUGGCCCUGCAGAAGUUAUUGCUUUGUACCCAUCAUCUGUAUCAAAUUGCCUUCAUCAUAAAUCGAAAAUAAAUGAGAAGGGAUGCGGAAUAGCAGCACAAACGGAAGAUGAAAAUGGUUUAAUCGAAACCAUAGAAAAUGAAAUCUUAGAUUUUAAAAUCCUACAUCAUCAACAGGUUUAUAAUCCAAAUGAACAAAUGUCACUUGAUUCAUCAUCAUCUGAUAGAAUUGGUUUAACAAAUGGAGGCUUAAACCUUGGACCAUUACUUCGUGUAUAUAAUUAUGUAAAUGUUGAAGAAACCGAAGGAAUUUUAUUUGAUCGAAAGAAAUAUAAAGAAUUGGUUGAUUUAUAUCAUGGAAAAGGCAAACAUCGAAAAUCUUUAAAAUUAUGCUGA